AUGGGCUCAGAAGGCGAAAAUGGGUCAGCUGGAGGUGACAUAGAAGUAUCAGUCAAACCAUCGGAGACUGCCAAAAGCUCGGAAUAUGCAGUGAAAGAUUGUAUACUAGAUAAAAACACUCACCCUCUCAGCCUUUCAAGCACGUAUAUCAGUGGAGGAAAGAAAAGAAAUCAGAUUUUGCAGCAAAUCACUGUUGACAUUGAGAAAGGAAUGCAUGAUGGCCAAGAAGUUGUCAUCUAUGAAAAAGGGGAGCCAAAAAUUGAUGGGGAAGCCGGUGAUCUUAAGUUGAAGUUUCGGAUCCGGACUGCUCCUCAUAAUCAUUUCAGAAAAGAAGGCAAUGAUCUGCACACAACAGUUACAAUUACUCUGGUUCAAGCUCUUGUCUGUUUUGAGAAGAGCAUUAAACACCUUGAUGAACAUCCAGUGGAUAUCAGCUCCAAGGGUAUCAUAGUACCAAAGCAAGUGAGGAAAUUCAAAGGUGAAGGCAUGGCAUUACAUUAUAGCAACAAGAAGGGUGAUCUAUAUGUCACAUUUGAGGUUCUUUUCCCUACCUCAUUGACAAAUGACCAAAAAAAGAGAUCAAAGAAAUUCUACAAUAGGCAUGCAGGAAAUUCCCACUUUGGUUUCUACCCAUGCCAACAAUUUUAG